AUACACGGGCUGCGACAAAUUGACAAUAAUAAUAAUUACGGAAAUUACUAAUUUGAUAGAGACACUCUAUAGACGCAAUAACGUAUACAGCACGAUGUAGAAAAUAUAAGUUAUAUUAAUAUCUUCUCUACAUCGUGGUAAAUAGUAGUUCGCCAGUUCGCACUUUGGCUUUGACACUAUAGCCACCACAAGAAGGCACCAGGCAAUAGGUUAGCGCCUAGCAGUGAGGCGGUUUUCAAUCGUCAUUCCGCAUUCGUGUCUCUCUGCUCUCUCCCCUUCUGCUUAUCGUGUCCCCGACCACGACUCGCCUGUCGUCGGUACUCACACAGUCACAUUGCUCUGUUGUAGUCGGUACUGUUCAGUCUCAUUGAAAUUCUUUGUCGUUGACGUCAUCCCCGGACGGGAGGUGAGCAAACAACUUAUGCUUUGUACAGUAUCGAUACACUAUACAAUAUAUAUUUUUUAAUAUUCAUAAUUGCUAACCGUUCGUUCGUUCGUUUUUUCUUCCACUCGUUAUUUCGAUAAACUGCUCAAUCUGCUAUGACGAUGAUUCAUCGUUUCGACACUCAGCUUCCGUUUGCUCCGCACGUAGCUGUUAAAAUUCGCACUCUUCUGUUACGCCAAUAGUACAUCAAUAUUUCCAACGAGCAGACCAAUCAGUUUUUUUUUGCACACGCAGAUCCAACACUCAUAAACCUUACGAAAAUCAUAAGCCGCUUACAAGAAAUUUCACGUCGGACAAAUGACAAUGGCUUUGGAACCGGAAGAACACUUUAAGACGCCCGAAUGGGUUUCGAGGUUGGAGAAUAAACACAAAAAAUUUCAUAAAUUAGCUCAUGAAGUUGGAUCUGGUUCGAGUUGUUUAAAAUGUGGAGAUGCUUGCCCUGGCUUGGAUUUACAUUUUUGGAGAAAGGUGUGUAGGAAUUGUAAAUGUAAAAAAGAAGAACAUAAUAUUGUAGAUGAAGAUCAGUAUAAACAGUUAGAUAUUUUAUUCAAUGAUUCAAAAUCAAAUUACCAACCAAUAAAAGCAGUGUUGAAUAUGAUUAUUAAACCUGAUGACCAGUUAGUCAAAAAACGAGAAACUGAUCAAAAUCAAAAUGAAUUUAAAUUUGAUUGGGUCCCACCAAAUGUUCAUAAAGAUCUGGCUUCAGAAUACAUGCAGUUGUUACCAUCUGACAAAUUACCUAUUAGUGGUAGUGAAGGUGCUUUUUACAGACGCAAGCAGCUUGAAAAACAAGUUCCUUUACAUGAUUUUAAUGCAAACGUUUGUCAUAAUCUUACCAUCGAAGAAGCUGAUGCUAUGGGUUCUUAUUUGAAAAAUUUAAAAGAGAAUGCUGUUGGUCAAGGCUUGGUCAAAAAACUUACUGAUAACACUAACAAUCCAAUUCCACUGUUUAAAAAUAUGAAUUUAACACCCAAACCAUUUAAAAAAACGUAUAACCAACAGUUUGAAGAAGAAGAAUUUCCACCUCCUCCUCCGGAACUUUUGUAUCCGUUGUCUAACUCUGAAUUGAAGACACCAAGCACAUUUAUUGGGAACAAAAACUUUUCUGGAAGUAACAAACCAGCUGUCAAUAUUUUAGACACUGUCAACAACAAUCCAGCUGAAUGUGACACACAAGUUAUUACUUCACAAUGGCCAACUUCAAACAUUGCUGUAUCAGAAACUUUACCCCAACAACAGACAAAUUUCUCCUCAAAUAUUCAGAAUGAUAAUUACACACCUAUGCUGCAUGAUAAGGAUAUUGGUGAAUCAUUAAAAAAUCCACCCUGGGAAGGUUCAAACGAAUUCCCAACAUCUAAUGCUGAUAUAUGUAUAUUACCGGACGGACAAGAGUUGCGUUGUAAGCAAUGUAAUAAGAAUGUUAUACCAGGUCAAGUUGCUGUCAUGGCUGAACGCACUGGUAAAGAAGUAUUUUGGCAUCCACCGUGUUUUGUUUGUGCUACUUGCGAAGAACUAUUAGUUGAUCUAGUAUACUUUUACUAUAGUGGGAAUGUUUAUUGUGGUAGACAUUAUGCUGAAAUCUUAAAUAUACCACGAUGUAAUGCUUGUGAUGAGUUGAUAUUUUUGAAAGAGUAUACAAUUGCCGAGGAACAUACCUAUCAUGUUCGACAUUUUUGUUGUUUUGAGUGUGACAAACCAUUAGCUGGAUUAGAAUAUGUGUCGAUUGAAAAACAACCUGCGUGUUUGGAUUGUUAUCAAAUAAAAUAUGGAAAAAAAUGCGAAACCUGUCAAAAUAUUAUAGUGGCUGGUGAUAAUAGGAUUGGUUGGCAAGAGUUGAGCUGGCAUGAGUCUCCGGCAUGUUUUAAAUGUUAUCAGUGCUACACAUCGCUUUUAGGUAAAAAGUUCACGGUAAAAAAAGAAAAGCGACCCUUGUGUAGCAGAGAAUGUGUAAUAGCUUUUAACAAUUCUACAGAACUUUAAUAUUGUGUUAUAUCAAUUUUUGUAAUUACAAGGGGAUUCAUCAAGUACUUCUGAUCUUUAGUGGUGGAAUAGUGAUAACUAUAUUAUCCUACCACUAAAUAACCAUUAUGCUUAAUGAAUCAUCUUGUGUACAUUUAAAUAUUAAUAUUUUUACUAAAUUAAGAAGACAAUACAAAUUUAAAUCAAACUAAUGUCUGUGAUACACAUAUAUUUAUUACUUAAAAUAUAAUUUAAUUUUCUUAUCACAAAUAUUAUUUUUACUAUUAUAAUAGAUAAAAAAAGUAUUUUUACAAUAAGAAAACAUUUUAAUUAAAUAUUUAUAUAUUAUUAUAUUAUACUUUCAUAGUCUUCAUUUUUAUAUAUACAGAGAAGAAAAUGAAUAGUUUAAAAUGACACUUCAUUACCAUUUUUUUAAUUUAAAAUUAUGUAUUGUCUUCUAUUUUAUUUAUCAAAAUACUUAUUAAAUUAUUUAUUAUUGCUUCAUAUAUUCUCAAGUAAAAUUAUUUUAGCAUUCCAAUAAUGUUCCUAUUUAAAUAUUUUUUUUUGAAUUUUAUAUUAUAAAUACAAUUUUAUUAUCGCAAAAUUCUAUUGUGGAUUAUAAAUAUCAUUUAACAGGGUAAUUUUUAUUAAUUUGCCAUAAUUUCAAAACUACUGUGAUAUUAUACAUCUGCCAUUUAUUAUUGUACUUUUAACAAUAUAUUUUUGUUUAAAAUUAUAUUUUUGUGUGUUAAAUUAUUUUAUAAUUCAAAGGAAAAAAAACAUUUAUAAAUAAGAAAUA